GUGAUCACCGUUUGAUGAUUUGGAUUGUCAGCAUUAGAGAGAGUUGGAAAUUAGAAGUUUCGUGGAGCAAUGGGUCUGGGUAGCAGAUUUAUGCCCAUGAAGCGGUUGUUGAGAUCUUCUACUGCGAACCAUACUAGAGUGGAAACUGUUAGAGGUUUUGCUGGGUUGAAUGAGAAGAGGGUUGCAGCCAAAGGUCCUCUGAUUGAAGGGGUUAAGGAUAUUAUAGCCAUCGCUUCUGGAAAAGGCGGUGUUGGAAAGUCUACUACCGCUGUUCAUUUGGCUGUUGCACUUGCUAACACUUGUCAACUUAAAGUGGGCUUGAUUGAUGCUGAUGUGUAUGGGCCAUCUAUCCCUACCAUGAUGAAGGUUCAUGGAAAGCCAGAACUGAGUGAAGAUUUAAGGAUGGUUCCUAUUGAAAAUCAUGGAGUUAAGUGUAUGUCGAUUGGAUUUCUUGUAGAGAAGGAUGCACCAAUUGUGUGGAGAGGUCCUAUGGUAAUGAGUGCUCUUGAAAAGUUGACGAGGGGGGUUGAUUGGGGAAAGCUUGAUAUUCUUGUUGUGGAUAUGCCUCCUGGCACUGGAGAUGCUCAGUUAUCUAUUUCUCAGAGGCUACAAUUAUCAGGUGCUCUGAUUGUCUCAACUCCUCAAGAUGUUGCACUGAUAGAUGCACGGAGAGGAGCAAAUAUGUUUCGUAAAGUUCAAGUCCCUAUUUUGGGACUGAUAGAGAACAUGAGCUGCUUUAGAUGUCCACAUUGUGGUGAAAAAACAGACAUUUUUGGUAGUGGAGGAGCACGUAGAACUGCUGAUGAGAUGGACAUGGAAUUCCUUGGCGAGAUACCUCUUGAAGUGGAAAUUAGAAAAAGCUCAGAUGAAGGGAGUCCUAUAGUAAUACAGUCACCAGAUUCUGCAAUCUCCAAAGCAUAUAAUGAUGUAGCUCACAAAGUUGUUUACAGACUAGAAGAGUUGGCAAAGGGACAAGAAGACCGUCCAGAGAUUUUCUUGUGAAACCCAGGAAGAAAUUCAGAGUUCAGUCCAUCUCCAGGAUAACUGACUUACAAAUGACUUAUGAAAUUUUCUUGAUUGUAUAAAAAAAAAUUUACACAGCAAUUCCAUCAGGAGGAAAAUUUUAUCUGUUUCAGUCAUUAUUUGUUUCACAAUUUUGUUAUUGUGGUCUUCGUCUUCAAGCAUUGAUCUGGCAGUAUCCUUGUCUCACUAGUA